AUGGGUCAGAUACCUUCUGCAGAGGGUGCACUUCCCGAUGAUCCGACUCGAGUCUACGAUUCAGAUGCAGGCGAAGCUGGACUCCCAGCCGGCUAUGACAGUUUUUCUGAAGCUUUAGCAUCGCGCCAGCGUCGAUUGCGUCGACUUCGGCGACGUGCUCGCCGUUUGGCCCGGAUUGAGGCACAACUUAGGCAAAAAAAGGUCAUCACUCAAUCUGUGGCCCGGCACCGUCAGCGCCUAUUGGCAGCCGAAAAAGCCGCUGAAGAGGAUGCCCGCCGUGGUGGCGGUGGUGCCAGUGCCGUCGGUCAUCGUCCUCCCGGCCGUCUUCAUGGCAACCCUCGUUUUGGCUUGGUGGACAGAGAGGAUAUUUCCACAGCGGCUGACAGUGAGGACGGUGACACUCUAUCCUGCAGAACCCGCCCUGAUCCGGAGGAAACGGGCUCUCUGGACACCGAUUCAGGCCAUGGACCCGAGAUCGAGCGAGCUGCCCAACCAGCAGCCGGUCUUGAAUGGCUGGUACAUCGCUAUCAUUUGGACGCGGAUUUCGGUGAUCAGGCCAGUCAGGUUGAGACUGGUCUCGUUUGGGCCCGCUUGAACGAUUCUCAUCACGUAGGCCGACAGUCAGAGGCAGGAUUAGAUGGCGGGCAGUUGUUGGGCGACUGGAAGACGGAGAUGGCUAAGUCUGAGAUAGACAGUCUGGAGAAUGAUGUCGACGUUGGGCUAAAAGAUGAGGCUUUCAGCGACCUUAGCGCCGACGGCGAGGCAGACGAUGACGAGGAAAAAGAGGGCGAGGGUUUUGGAGAUGCAGAGGAGGCCGAGAGAGGACUCGCAAGAGAGGGGGAACGGCGUGAGGAGGCGGCUCGUCGACAAUGGGCUGACGGUGACAGCUACGCUUGGCGACUGUUAAGACUUUGUGUUGUCCAGCUAGCCUGUCAAGAGGUCGAAAAACUACCUGAUCUAAUCGAAUUCAGCCCCGAUGGUCAGCAGCUUUGA